GUCUUCCUGCUCCCCGUUCUCAAAUUAUAAGUAUAAAUAUGGAUCUUUAAAUAUAUUCACGAACACGUUUUGGAGACUUUUUUCGAAGCAUACGAAUUCUAGUACCUUUAAACGAUGGAGAUAACUGUGUGCAAAUUAUAUCAUAGCAGAACAGAAGAUGAAAACGAGCGUUGUUUUGUUUAAGUCAGCUACUCAUUUUGUACUCUAUGGUCCCCAAUUAUGCAGAUUCUUAAACGUCCUGUUAUGUUUUCUAAAUAAAUGGAUAUAGAGGUUUUACAAUCAGAUAAAAAGUGUGAAUGUGGAGAGACAGAAGAGGAGUCUUUUGUUGCUGGAAUUAUAUCGGACGCAGUUAUCUCACGUUCUUGUUCUCUUGAUCUCAAGAACCGUAAUCUAAAAGAAAUUCCUGAUAGAAUUUCAGACCUACCAAAUCUACAGAAGUUGUAUUUUUCGAAUAACUGUCUUAAAGCUAUAUCACCCAACAUCUUGACGGCUCUCAGUCAACUUCGUUGGCUAGAUUUGCGUGACAAUAGCUUAACAAGUAUCCCACCUGAAAUCAAACACCUAGAGGAACUUCAGACAUUACUUAUAGACAAUAACAAGAUCAAAAGGCUUCCUUUUGAACUUGGUCUGUUAAAAAAGUUGUCUAAUCUACAUCACAGAAACAAUCCAAUUGAAUUUCCCCCUACUAAAGUAUUGAGAAGAGGGACGAAACAAAUUUUGAAGUUUCUGCUUGAUAACUACUUAGGCUUGAUGAAUACAGAAACUAACGAAGGCUCCAGUUCAUCUGAAUAUAAUACAAAGAGUACUGAGAUGCCGGAAAACAACAAUAAUAUCAACGUUUUAAAAACAAAACAACUUGUUAUGGACGAUAUCAACCAUAAUAACACUGAAUUUACUGAUUUAAUAAAUUCUCUGAAUAGUGUAAACCUCAAGGAUAGACAACCGCUUCACUCUGUAAGAGGCAUGCAUAAUUCCAUGGAUCUAAAUCACAGUGAUCUGAAUUGUUCCAGGCUUGAACGUUCCUAUUCUGCUGAUGCGUCAUUUUCUGGUAUUUUACAAAAUGAAAACACUAAUGACGAUUCAGAUGAAUCAAAGAAGGUAAAAACAUUUGAUGAGGUUACUGACCAGUCAAAAUUAUUAAGUGUCUUGGGAAGUAUAAUAAAUGCAGAUGAUGAUUUGGUUCAGUACCAUGGACACAAAAUUAAUGGCUCAUCCUGCUCACGGGUUUCCAGCAAAUCAAAGUUUUACAAAAGGAUCCAAAGAGAUUAUUUAAAGUCUAAACGUUACACAUCCAAGUCAGAUAAUUCGUUGUUAUGUAAACUACCUAGUCAGACUAGUAGACAUAGAGCGUUUUUGUUGGAAGAUCCACCACAACCGACCUUAGAAAAAAUACGUUUAAUUUAUAAACGAGAACAAAAAAGAAAAGCUCGUAAAGAGUUAAUGUUAAAGCGGGCAUCACAAAUACAACGCAUGAAAAACGCUAGUUGUAUUUCAGACUGGCGUGAUGAUUAUACCCUAUAUCAAAAGACGAAACUGUAUGAAUAUUUAAAGAAAACAUAUCAGGAAAUCAAAGAAGAAGCUGAUCAAAGAAUUAUCAGUGGACCACUUGAUGUGAACAAAGACCAUUUAAAGAUGAUUGAUAGUAGUGAGUUGAAUAGCUUACGUAAACAACCUAUUAAAAAAGAACGUCCUGCUAAUUUAGAUUCAGAUACUGUGCUGCAGUUGGAAUUAGCAAGUCUCGAGAGAGAUGCUUGUUUAACAAAACGAGUUCACGAACACACAAAAGAAAUACUGGAACGUUUUAAACUACCGGUUAUUCCAACUCAUGAUGCUAUUAGAUCAGAAUUGUUAACUGCCAAGAAAAGUAUGGAUGAAGCUAUUCGAUUACACAGACGUGUACAACAAAGACUCGAGACAUUAGGAUAUUUUCAUGGAUCAAAUCGACGAGAUUUAUGGUGAUACAUUAAUAUUGCAAUAAAUAUCCUUCUUUUCUUUCACAUUUUACCUUUUUCUCCCUAAACGUUACACAUGUAUUCAUUAUAGUUUAGUAAAUAAUAAACAAUCUUUCUAUUAAAGUUUUCUUUAAAAGAAAUACCUGUCUAAUCUAUUGAAUCAUUUCAUAUGAUUUUGUUUAAAUCUGUAUAGAUCAUUUUUGUUUCCAAAUUUUAAAUAUUCAGCUAGUCCUUGAUCUUCUUAUUUGUUAACUCGUUGAAUAUAAACUUGAAUGCUUUAUGAAUCCUACUUAACCAAUGAAACUUAAGUAUUCUUCAAUAUACAAAAAUAUUCUUUUUGUGAUAUUUUUACUUGUGGUGUAUCUAUUGAAAGUAAAAGAUAAGGUAGUGAUUACAUUGUGAAUAAAUUUUAGAGGUGACUGAUUUAUAUAAAUCAACAAAGUGCUCGUUUUAUGUUAAUUUAACAACUUAAAGACAAAAUGAUUUGAGUUUUUGUUGUCAGCUGGGAGUUUACUAAGAACUAGAAAUAAAUCGACAGAUAUUUGGCAUCAAAACUGUGUAGUAAUGUUCAUAUUUGACACUUAAUACGAUUAAACACAAGGACCUCAUCUGUCGUAAUUGACAGAUUAAAUAAAAUUGUAAAUAUGGUGGACUACAUUUUAACCGCCCUGAUAUGUCACAAUAUAUUCGAAUCUUGAAAAUUCAAUCCAUAGAUUAAAAUUUCACUUUCAGUUUGAAAAUGACAGUAGUCAAGGUAGCCUGUGUAACUCCUGGCAAUCCUGACCUU